AUGCAUCGUACUACUGGCAACAAGUUAGGUGAACAAAGUUCAGCAAGCAGUUCAACAAAGAGCAGUUUGACAACAGGAGACAGUUCAACAAGCAGUUCUCCACUAAGUAGUUCUGAUAAUUUACCAGCUAGUACGUCAGAUUAUACCAGCGUAACAGGAUCAAGACAAACAUCCGAGAACGUCACAGGAAUAGUUGUUGGUAGUGUAGCAGGCAGCGUCCUAUUUUUAUGUAUAGUCUUUAUUGGUAUUUGCAUCGGAAGUAGGCUUGUGUCAUGUGAUAAAUCCAAAGAAAAGUUAAGAAACAAUCCCGAAACGAAUGACUAUAUUGGGAACCAAAACAUAGCAUUGCCACAGGCAGUAAGUCCUACGCGUCAUGUGCAGUAUGAAGAUUUGCAUACUACGUCUGGAAAUAGAAGUACUCGUAAUUAUUCAAGUACAAAUAUUCAUUUACAAAAUAUCGAUGAUAAAUAUGAUUACGCCAAGAACAUAGUAAAAAAUAACUCCAAGACAUCUAACGACAAGUCGAGUACACCUACAUAUGUUGUGCUUCAGGAUGAUAGUUAUAAACGCAAUCCGGAAGCAAACAACGAUGAAUAUGCCGUUGUUGAUCCUACAGCUGAAUCAAGUUUCAAACAAACACCAAAAACCUUAACCCAAGGGGCAGAAAAUUAUAUGAUUUUAGACCCAAAUCAGACUGGGAUCAAUAGGUCCAAAUUUCCGAAUGCUGGCCAAUCGUACGAGCUUGCAAAACCUAUCCGUGAUACAAAGGACCGGAAGAAUGAUCUGUAUGCUCUGUCUUCAGAGGGUACUUACGAUCAUUCGGGAAUUACUCGUCAUCACAAAGAACAAGAUACCAUUUAUACCCACGCCGUCGACAAUGUUUAUGAUUCUACAAGUCGAGGAUUGAAUAUUGACAGGAAGGAAGACACAUAUGAUCAUUUCUUUGGACAAGAAACAGAGGAUGAAUAUAAUAUUUCUAUGCAUUAAUAAUCUUUGGUUACUACUAUCAAGUGUUCAAUCACAUUCAAAAACUUAAAAUGCUCACGUUGGUUGACUUUUUAUCGCGAAGUUAACAUUUUAAUUAAUAAUGAAGUGCUUAUUACUACAAUUGAUAAUGUCAGUGCUGAUUUCAUUAUUUUGUUUUAAUAAAUUUUUACAUUGUCAAGUUAAAUUAAAUUUUGAUCAAA